UUUUGUUUUUCUUCUUUUUUUCUUUCCCAAACAAACUAGAGGAAUGGUGUUUCCGUAAUUCCAAUUCCAAUUCCAAUUCCAAUUCCAAAAAAGUUGCACAAAUUCCCCUCCAUUUUCUCAAAUUCUCAGAACCUCUCUCAGUCUCUAUUUCCAUUGUCCUCUUCUCCGCCAUUUUUAAGGGUUCACUUUCCAGUAUCACUCUCUCCAAAAUCAACCAUGGAGGAAGAAACUCCCACAGCAACACUACCUUCAGAAGAAACCCUAACAAAGGAACCAGAUACUCAAGUAGGCGUAGAAUCCUCUGGUAAAACCCUAGAGGAAGCUUCCGAGCUUAUGGAGAAAGGAUCAAAAGCUAUGAGAGAUGGUGAUUUCUCUGAGGCUUCUGAAUGCUUCAGUCGUGCUGUUGAAAUCAAGGUUUCAAGCUUUGGCGAGCUUUCUCCAGAAUGUGCAAGCGCAUAUUAUAAAUACGGAUGUGCGCUGCUUUACAAAGCUCAAGAGGAAGCUGAUCCUUUGGGUUCUGUUCCCAAGAAGGAGACAGAACCUCAACAAAACUCUGACAAAGGAUCAUCCUCAAAAAGUGUUUUAGAUAAAGGUGCUGCGUCUUCUUCAGCUUCCGAUGCUCAAAAAGAACAUGGGGACUUGGCUCAGAAUGAGGGAGUGAACAAUGAUGAAAAAGAAGGUGGUUGUGAGAAAGAGGUAGAAGAUGGUGAUGAAGAAAGUGAAGAUGAGGACCUUGAAGAUGCAGAACAAGAUGAAGAUGACUCUGACCUAGAUCUAGCAUGGAAGAUGCUGGAUUUGGCGAGGGCAAUUGCUGAAAAGAAUCCAAAUGAUACUAUGGAAAAGGUGGAUAUCCUGUCAGCAUUGGGGGAGGUGGCCCUGGAAAGAGAGGACAUAGACACUUCUUUGAGUGACUAUCUGAAUGCACUUGCUAUUCUGCAGCGUUUGGUUGAACCUGAUAGCCGACAAAUAGCUGAAUUAUAUUUUAGAAUAUGUUUGGUUUUGGAAGUUGGUUCUAAGCCCGAAGAAGCAGUUCCAUACUGCGAGAAGGCUAUAUCUGUAUGCAAGUCUCGUGUUCAGCGACUCACAGAUGAAGUGAAGAAUGUGGCAACAUCGGCAGUUCCCAGCUCAGAGAAGAAUGUUGAUGCUGCAGUUUGUGGGUCGCAGCUCAGUUCUCCACCUGAUAAGGAAGCUGAGAUUGAGAACCUUAAUGGGCUCGUUGGCGAGUUGGAAAAGAAGCUGGAAGACUUGCAACAACUUGUCUUACACCCGACUUCGAUGUUGGCGGAUGUCCUGAAAAUGGUUUCCGCAAGGGCAGCUGGUAACGAUACAAAGGCAUCAUCAACCGUCUUUAGUUCUUCUCAGAAGGCUGUGGACAAUAGCAGUGGGGAUUUCGAUUCUCCAACUAUUUCUACUGCCCACACAAAUGGGAGUAGUGCUGGCGUGACACAUCUCGGGGUUGUGGGUAGAGGUGCUAAGCGAGUAUUGUUGACCCCAGAAGAUGUAGAUGCUAGAUCGGCGAAGAAGCCAGCCUUGGAGUUGAACUCAGAGAACGGCGAGGGAAGCGGCCCUUGAGGUUUUAUAAUUUGGAACAAGUUUAGGUUCACUGUGGUAGUUGAGAGUGUUGUUAUAUUGUUUAUGAACCUUAGGCUGAUCUUUUUCGCCUUUCUAGUCUGAAUUGACUCGGCGUCAUUGUUAUGCCAAUUCUUGAUUUUCCUUGGGAUACUUCAAUUUUGUUUUUCUGCUCAUUUUUAAUCUAUACGAUUUACUAAUUUCUCUCU